CUUCGGUCUCAGAUCCCUAAAGCUCCGAUCGACUGACGUGCAGUUCACCCAGCAAGCUACUACAAGUAACGCACGAUCAAUUGCAACUUGCGUGAAGCUUUCUGAUUGUUCAAGCCAGAUGCACGCCGAUUUGCAGCAAGUGCCCCUCUUAAGCAGCACCGUCAACACGACCCAUAUUAACGCCGUUGACACUUUCACGCCCGACGUCUCGAGCUCGUAUCUUGUCGCUUCCAGACGGAACGGACAGCCACUAUGUAACAACCCGGAAGGAUGGGGCCCCCUGAGCCCGAUACGAUGGGACUUUACGCCAUGCUUCUUGGAUGUCACGGUGUUGGCCGUUGCGGUAUUUGGGCUGUUGGGAGGACUUGGGGCCAUAUGGUAUUUGAAAAAGCAGACCAGCCAGCGCGUCGCAAAGAACUGGCAUUUCUGGGCUAAGUUGAUUGUUCUCGCGGGAGUAAUCGUCGACUAUGCUCUGCAAGCCGUUUUUCAGCUUCAGUUCUAUAAAGAUGUUUGGAUUGGAGACUUUAGAUUCUGGACAACGAUCAUCACCGUUUUCUCACUCUGCGUCAUCUUCUACAUUCAAUAUAUUGAACACUGGCGAUCUCGCAAUCCAAAUGGCGUUGUUCUCUUCUAUUGGUUGCUUCUGCUCAUAGCAUCCUCGGUGAAGCUGCGGUCUUUGAUGGCACAAGAGAUUCAGAAAGAGCACGUUGCCUACUUUGCUGUAUACUGCGUGGGAGUUGGACUUGCCGCACUCGAAUUUGGUCUUGAAUGGCUAGUACCAAAGAAGUUAAGCGAUUACGAUGCACUCGGCGACGAAUUCGAAUGCCCAUAUAACUACGCAAAUGUUUUCAGCGUUUUAACCUUCAGCUGGAUGACGCCUAUGAUGAAGUAUGGAUAUAGCCACUUCUUGACUCAGGACGAUCUAUGGAAUCUCCGUCAGAGGGAUACUACAAAAACAACGUCGGAAGCAUUUGAUGCCGUAUGGCGGGAACAGUUGAAGAAAAACCGACCAAAUUUGUGGACAGCGAUGAUCAAGGCAUACGGAGCACCUUACUUCCGAGGAGCAAUCUUUAAAGUUGGUUCGGAUGUACUGCAGUUUAUUCAACCUCAGCUGUUACGUCUCCUGAUUUCUUGGGUCGAUUCUCAAAAGAAACCGAACCCGCAGCCAAUCGUCCGUGGCGUUGCCAUUGCAUUAGGCAUGUUUGUUGUGUCAUUCUCACAGACCGCGUUCCUUCAUCAGUACUUUCAGCGUGCUUUCGAAACGGGUAUGAGGAUCAAAUCUGGUUUAACCGCAAUGAUCUAUUCAAAGGCGCUGAAACUCUCAAACGAAGGACGCGCGACCAAAUCCACUGGAGAUAUUGUGAACUACAUGGCUGUCGAUGUGCAACGGUUGCAAGAUCUCACUCAGUUCGGUCAGCAGUUAUGGAGCUCACCUUUCCAAAUCUUUCUUGCGUUCGCCUCUCUGUAUCAACUCGUGGGCCUCAGCUUUUUGGCCGGCGUUGGGGUGAUGGUACUUAUGAUUCCCAUCAAUGGCAUCAUAGCGCGGCUCAUGAAAAGGCUGCAAAAGAUACAGAUGGGUAACAAAGACAAAAGGACGAGACUGAUGACGGAGAUAUUGAUCAACAUGAAGUCCAUCAAGCUCUAUGCGUGGACAACGGCGUUUAUGAACAAGUUGAACUACGUACGAAACGACCUGGAGCUUUCAACACUGAGGAAAAUCGGCGCAACACAGGCGUUUGCUAACUUCACCUGGUCAACUACACCAUUCUUAGUUUCCUGUUCGACUUUUGCGGUCUUUGUGCUCACUCAGAAACAGCCUUUGACCACGGACAUUGUAUUCCCUGCUUUAACUCUAUUUAAUCUGCUCACAUUCCCUCUUUCGAUGCUUCCAAUGGUCAUUACCUCGGUUAUUGAAGCUUCUGUUGCUGUUUCACGAAUAUCCUCCUACCUUACUGCGGACGAACUGCAACCUGAUGCCAUCACUCAAGAGGAAACAGUAGAAGAAGUCGGAGAGGAAUCUGUUUGCGUACGUGAUGCAACCUUCACUUGGAACAGGAGCGAAGGCCGGACUGUUCUUGAAGACGUCAAUUUUAGCGCACAGAAAGGUGACCUUAGUUGCAUCGUCGGUCGAGUGGGCGCCGGCAAAUCCAGUCUUCUGCAGGCCUUGCUAGGCGACUUGUACAAGAUAAAGGGCGAGGUUAUAAUCAGAGGCAGAUGUGCUUAUGUUGCGCAGAGUCCAUGGGUCAUGAACGCUUCAGUUCGCGAGAAUAUUGUUUUUGGGCACCGCUGGGAUCCACAUUUUUACAACAAGACUAUUAAGGCUUGUGCCCUUGUGGACGAUUUCGCAACUCUUCCGGACGGUGAUCAGACUGAGGUUGGGGAGCGAGGUAUCUCGUUGUCUGGUGGCCAAAAGGCCCGUUUGACUCUUGCCCGUGCUGUCUAUGCGCGAGCUGACAUUUAUCUGCUCGAUGAUGUUCUGUCUGCCGUUGACUCUCAUGUUGGACGUCAUUUGAUAGACAAUGUCCUCGGACCUAAGGGACUGCUCGCUUCUAAGACAAGAAUCUUAGCUACUAACUCAAUUCCUGUUCUCAUGGAAGCAAAUUUUGUCCUUCUCCUUCGCGACGGACGUAUCACAGAACGUGGUACUUACCAGCAGCUUAUGGCUAUGAAGGGCGAGAUUGCACAACUCAUCCGAACUGCAAACAACGAAAGUGAGGAUAUGCAGUCUCCCGACCGCCCGGAGAGUCUUGCAAGCGACGAGACAGUGUACGACGAGGAGCGCGAUUCUGACGAAGGGGAUGAAGCGGAAGUUGAGGCCGUACAGGGAGGUAUGGCACAACUUGCGCCUUUGCGCUCUGCUCGCGGUACGGCGCGUAGAUCCAGCGGUGUUACGUUGCGCAGAGCGAGUACCGCCAGCUUCAGAGGUCCACGUGGCAAGAACCUGGAUGAAGAAUCCAACGGAGCCCUUAAAACAAGGCAGACAACCGAGAAAUCUGAGCAAGGCAAAGUCAAGUGGAGUGUGUAUCUCGAGUACGCAAAGACGAGCAAUGUUGUCGCGGUAGCCAUCUACCUGUUUACAUUGAUAGGCGCGCAGACGACUUCGAUAGGUGGGAAUGUUUGGCUUAAAAAAUGGGCUGAAGCGAACGCUGAUUCCGGAUCUAAUGCACAUAUCGGGAGAUAUCUCGGAAUCUACUUUGCCUUUGGUGUCGGCUCAUCGGCCUUGGUUGUUGUUCAGACACUAAUCCUGUGGAUUUUCUGCUCGAUCGAGGCGAGCAGGAAAUUGCACGAGCGAAUGGCAUUUGCCAUUUUCCGCUCUCCAAUGAGCUUUUUCGAGACCACACCAGCGGGCCGGAUCUUGAAUCGCUUCUCCAGUGACAUUUACCGUGUUGACGAAGUCUUAGCCCGCACGUUCAACAUGCUUUUUGUAAACACGGCAAGAGCAAUCUUCACUUUAGUCGUCAUCUCCACGUCGACGCCAGUAUUCAUUGCUUUGAUCUUGCCGCUUACAGGUUUGUAUCUGUACAUCCAGCGGUAUUACCUCCGAACCAGUAGGGAGCUAAAGAGACUGGAUUCUGUUAGCCGCAGUCCCAUUUAUGCACAUUUUUCGGAGUCUUUGAGUGGGCUAAGUACAAUCCGAGCUUACCGCCAGCAGAAACGCUUUUCCUUGGAGAAUGAAUGGCGCGUCGACGCAAACCUUAGAGCAUAUUUCCCUAGCAUCAAUGCUAAUCGCUGGCUUGCCGUGAGACUCGAGUUUAUUGGUUCGGUGAUCAUCUUUGCAGCUGCAGGUUUUGCUAUCAUCGCAGUAUCUGCGGGUAACGGUCCGUCGGCGGGGUUGCUUGGAUUGGCAAUGUCAUAUGCAUUGCAGAUUACGCAGUCUUUGAAUUGGAUUGUUCGGCAGACAGUAGAAGUUGAGACAAACAUAGUAUCUGUGGAGCGGGUGCUGGAAUACGCUGCUUUACCAAGUGAGGCGCCGGAAAUCAUCGCCAAGAAGAGACCACCAACUAGUUGGCCCUCUCAAGGUGCAGUAUCAUUUGAAAAUUUUUCAGCGCGCUAUCGACCUGGCCUGGACUUGGUUCUGAAGAACGUGAAUCUGUCAAUUAAACCCCACGAAAAGAUAGGGGUAGUAGGUCGUACAGGUGCCGGUAAAAGCAGCUUGACCCUUUCGCUCUUCCGCAUUAUCGAAGCUGCUGAAGGCCACAUCAGCAUCGAUGGACUUAACACGAGUACAAUUGGUCUCAUGGACCUCCGCAGACGCCUGGCAAUCAUUCCACAAGAUGCUGCCUUGUUUGAAGGAACAUUAAGGGACAACUUGGACCCUGCACAUACACGGGAUGAUACAGAGUUGUGGAGCGCUCUUGAACAUGCCAGACUCCGUGACUAUGUGGCUGCAAUGCCCGGUAAGCUUGACAUGCAAAUCAACGAGGCCGGCUCAAAUCUCAGCUCUGGACAGCGGCAACUUGUCUCCCUAGCUCGCGCACUGCUUUGCCCAACAAACAUCAUGGUCCUUGACGAAGCCACGGCCGCUGUGGAUGUAGAGACAGAUGCUGCAAUUCAGGCAACCCUACGCAGUUCAAUAUUCAAGGACCGUACGAUUAUAACAAUUGCACAUCGUCUUAACACCAUCUUGGAUUCGGACAAGGUGGCAGUGCUCGAUCGUGGCCAGAUUAAGGAAUUCGAUACUCCUGCCGCACUGAUUCGUCGUAAAGGUCUCUUCUAUGAUUUGGUGAAGGAGGCAAAUCUUCUGGGAUCGGUAGAUAUGUGAGAUUUUGCGGGGAAUGCAUGCGAGUUAACCAUGGGGGGAAGGGCGAAAGUCCCAGGUACUAGGUCGAAGGGCCCAUAGGACAGGAUCGCAGUCACACUCAGCCUCAGUCAUUUGUGCUUGCACAGUAGAGGAAAGCUCGAAGUCCUUUUCAUGGCCGGUACAUACCGCGCCGCUACGACUAAACCUUGUCGACGACAAUGUAUCAGAGGGCAAUAAGAAUUCUUGACUACGUUCAUUUCUGUGGGCAGAGACCAGUUCUUAUUGGGUAGUGUGGGUAUGUUUUCUUUUGCGCCUCGUGCAUAUCGCCUCCCACAC